AUGUACUCUAAGCAAGUUCUGGAAGUCCUCCUACUUCUUGGUUUGACCAGCCAAGCUACAGCAACUUCGUGUGUCGGCACUCCCGUAUCCGUGCGACUACCGCCAACCUUAUCCAACCCCAAUACAGGAUCUUCCUGGAAGAGCACCCCCGUAGGCUGGGACUUUGGCUACUGGUACCAGACAAACUCGUCAUCGGCAAACGCAUUCCAGCGAAAUUUGCAGUACAGUACCCUGCCCGUGGACCCUUCCCAGCCCACCGGCAAGCGAACCGACCUGUCGAGCUUCCAAAUCGUCAACAACGAAACCGUCUUCACGUCCUAUGGCGAAGACACACCCACGGUUAUCCCCGGAGUAUACCACUACCAGGGAACAGGCAUCCUAGAGCAGGCGAAUGACACUUUGGAGAUUCUUGCCUGGGGAUAUGACUGCCGCGGCGAUGGGUAUCGCAUUUCAUACUCUACUGCCACGGAGUUUACGAAGACGCCCGCCAGUUUGGAUGUCUUGUCGCGUACGAAGAAGGGCCCUGAUGCGGCCACGCUGGGAAAGAUUCAGAGUGCGCUGAUUGCGUUGGGGAAUGCCGAAGUCACGGCUUUGGCUAAGGCUAUUGGACCGGCUUUGCAGGAUAGUGGUAGGGAUGGACAGGCGCCGAUUCAGAAGUGCGAUGAUGAGUGCAAGACCAAUAAGGACUUGCUUGGGCUGUUUUGA